AUGGUUCGUUUGGGUCCAAAGAAGCCUCCUGCUAGAAAGGGCUCCAUGGCCGAUGUUUCGGCCAACCUGCUAGAACAGAUCGAAAAAUUCGAAGACAUGUUCACUGUCAAGGCCGACAAGUUGAAGGAAGUCACGGAGCAUUUCGUCGAAGAAUUGAACAAGGGUCUGUCCAAAAAGGGCGGAAACAUCCCCAUGAUUCCAGGCUGGGUCAUGGACUUCCCAACCGGUAAAGAAAAGGGUGACUACCUGGCCAUCGAUUUGGGUGGAACCAACCUGCGUGUCGUCUUGGUCAAGCUCGGAGGAAACCGUGAUUUCGACACCACGCAGUCCAAGUACAAGCUGCCCUCGCACAUGCGUACCGGGUCUGCCGACGCCCUGUUCUCGUUCAUCGCAGACAGCUUGAAGACCUUCUUGGACGAGGAAUUCCCCCAGGGUGUGCCUCACACCCUACCUCUAGGUUUCACUUUCUCCUACCCAGCCUCCCAGGACCGUAUCAACGAAGGUUUCUUGCAGAGAUGGACCAAGGGUUUCGACAUCGACGGUGUCGAGGGCAAGGACGUGGUUCCUAUGUUGCAAGAGCAAUUGAAGAAGCGCAACAUCCCUAUCGACGUCGUGGCUCUCAUCAACGACACCACCGGUACUCUAGUCGCUUCCAUGUACACCGACCCUGACACCAGAAUGGGCUGUAUCUUCGGUACCGGUGUCAACGGUGCCUACUUCGACGUCUGCGGUGGCGUCGAGAAGCUCGAGGGCAGACUCAGCGACGAUUUCGACGCCGAAACCCCAAUGGCCAUCAACUGUGAAUACGGCUCCUUCGACAACGAGCUCGUCACCCUCCCAAGAACCAAGUACGACAUCUUGAUCGACAAGCAGUCCCCAAGACCAGGCCAACAAAGUUUCGAAAAGAUGACCUCCGGUUACUACCUCGGUGAGUUGCUGCGUCUCGGUUUGCUGGACCUAACCCAGCAGGGUUUGAUCUUCGCCGGCCAGGACUUGACCAAGCUCGAGAAGCCUUACAUCAUGGACACCUCUUACCCAGCCAGAGUUGAAGAAGACCCAUUCGAGAACUUGGAGGACACCUUCGACAUCUUCAAGAACGAGCUCGGCAUCGAGACCACCUCCGCCGAACGCAAGUUGAUCAGACGUCUCUGUGAGCUGAUCGGUACCAGAGCCUCCAGAAUGUCUGUCUGCGGUAUUGCUGCUGUUUGCAAGAAGAGAGGCUACAAGACUGCUCACAUUGCUGCCGAUGGUUCCGUCUUCAACAUGUACCCAGGUUUCAACGAGAGAGCUGCCUCCGGUUUGAGAGACAUCUUUGACUGGGAAGAAAAGAAGAACAUCAGCGAAUAUCCAAUCGUCAUUGUCGCCGCCGAAGAUGGUUCCGGUGCUGGUGCCGCCAUCAUUGCCGCGUUGACAGAAAAGAGACUAGCUGCUGGCAAGGCUGUUGGUGUUCUCAACUAA